AUGCCGCCUCCAAAGACCAUCUUCACAUCGUACGAGCGGAAUGCGCUCAAAGACAGAUGGGGUUCGCAGGCAACACGCCUCACCCGUGACUCUUUUCUACCUUUUGGCUCCUGCCAAUUGUGUCUCCUUCCUUCAGUAGACCCAGUAUGCUGUUCACAUGGCGAUUUAUUCUGUCGCGAGUGCGCCAUGACCAACCUUUUGGCUCAACGGAAGGAGAUGAAGAGGCUCGAGAAACUCAACGAACGCCAAAAGGUCGAGGACGAGGACCAAAAGCUUCGAGAAGAAGAGGAGGCACGGCUGCGGGCAGUCGAGGAGUUCGAGGCUGUUCAGAUGGGACUUUCGGUCAAAGCAGGCGCAUCAGCAAGAGUCGUUGGCCGGCAAGGCGGCAAGAUCAUGGUAGAAGAGGAGCAGGAUGCUAAGACCGGCGAGGCCAGAGGCACGAAACGCAAGUUCGAGAUCGACGAAGAAGAGCUCAAACGCAUUGCGAAUGAAGAGCAAAGCAAAGCGAAACGUACACUAGACGCCGAACGUAAAGCUGCCAAAGGCCAUUUACCUAGCUUCUGGGUACCAGGCGAGACACCCGAUCAACACCACAAAAGCGCAGAGAAGGCAAAGCAAACACCUGUCUGCCCGUCGAGCCACCCCGAUCAACCACACAGCCUGUCGUUAAAGAGCCUGACGAGCGUCAACUUCCACGAAGAGAAGUCAGCCGAAACCGGAAAGUCGGUCCGCACAUGUCCAAGUUGCCAGAAAGCGCUCUCGAACAGCACAAAAGCUAUGCUCGCCAUACCUUGCGGCCACGUCCUAUGCAAGCCGUGUGUCGAUAAAUUUCUCAAGCCAGAGCAUCGCCAUCAGAGAGAUGCACAUGACAAUGGACCCGACCCAGAGACUGUACACUGUUAUGUUUGCGAUGCGGAUCUUACGACCGUCCCAGACACUAAGGAAGGCAAGAAGAAGAAGGAUAAAGAGAAGGAAAAGGCGCCAAAGCCUGGGCUUGUGGAGAUUAGAAGCGAGGGUACUGGGUUUGCAAGUGGCGGAAAAGCCAUGGUCAAGAGGGAGGGUGUGGCGUUCCAAGUAUAG